AUGCGACAAAUUAUUAAAUUAGCUAGUGUUACAAAAAUUUUUUCGAAUGGUGAAACUAUUGGUAGGUAUAAUAUGGAGAAUUUAACUUCUAAAAAAGAUACACAUCAUAUGAAUUGGGCUCUCGGUGAACAAUUUCAAGAUGAAGCAUUGGAUAGUACGCAACAUUUUGUAAGAAUAACCUUUGAUAUAAUCGAUGAUCCAAUAAGAGGAAAGAUUCUCACCGAAAAGCAUAUUAAAGUCGCAGAUACAAAUGAUGUGGAAACUUAUGAAUAUUCACGUCAAGGUGAUUAUCUUAUCAUGAUAGGUAAAUUCUUACCUAUUAAACCAUCGUAUCCUAAAAGAAAUUAA